CGACAAUUCUUGACAAGCUCCCAUAAUCAACUCGAUACCCGUCUCUUAGACUUCAUAAUGGCGACUGAUGUGGCUUUUGACACGAGCAUGGGCUCGUUCACGGUAGAGCUCUACAAUGCGCAUGCGCCAAAGACAUGUAAGAACUUCGCGACGCUUGCGCAACGAGGCUAUUACAACAAUGUCAUCUUCCACCGCAUUAUUCCCAACUUCAUGGUACAAACCGGCGACCCUACCGGCACUGGCCGAGGAGGAAGCUCGAUCUACGGAGAGAAAUUCGAGGAUGAGAUCAAUCCGGGUCUCAAACAUACCGGUGCUGGGAUCUUGAGCAUGGCGAACAGCGGACCCAACACCAACGGCAGCCAGUUCUUCGUUACACUUGCUCCGACACCAUGGCUGGACGGGAAGCACACCAUUUUCGGUCGCGUCAAGAGCGGCAUGAGAGUGAUACAACGCAUGGGGCUCGUGAAGACCAACUCCGAAGACCGGCCAAUGGACGAGGUUAAGAUCCUUCGUGCCAGAAUUGUGGAGGGAGAUGAGUGAUGGACUUUGGACCACACGGUUAUGGGCAGAUCAGCCCCAAGGGCUACAUUUCAGCAUCCCAGCAACACCAGACUUCACCUACACGAGACGAGGUAGAGGCAUGGGGCAGGCAAGCAGACAUUGGUAUCGGGAAGCCUGGCGCACUGCACUCUUCGAAGCAUCGCAGAGCAUGAGCAGACACGCAUUCCUUACGUAGCAGCGAGGCUAGAUCCGGGAAAAGCUAUAAUAGUCUUGGACUGAUGUCUGCAACGCCAGAAUACGGCCCCAAAUAGACGAGCAGACUACAGAUUAGAGAUGUGGAAUGUAUCACUGCAAAACGAACCGCUUCCAUCAGAUGUAACCAUCCAGAGCAGCAGAUACAGAGUGAAAUGUCUAUCUACCACUCCCAUAACAACAAGACCAGUGAAGGCUUGUGCAAGACGACAAACCGCUAUAUGACAGCAGUAUGCCUGUGC